GAGAGGAUCGUAGAGAAACAACAGCUCGCUGGCUACGGACACGGCUUACGACUUUGUCGAAUUCACAUUACCAACAUCAAACCGAACUGGGGUCAGCGGACAAACGCAAAAAAAACCUGGAAGAUUUUAGGAUUAAAUGAUUUUAUGGAUUAAUCUGAACCUUUCCUUCUUCGUCGAAAGAAAACAUUCUCAACUUGACUUCAUAGCCACGGAUUCGUUACGCUGGUCACUCAAGAGGAGCCCAGAGGACUGGUAUAGAGAUGAAGACCCCGGAGGAGCCGCCCUACCUGACGGUGGGCACUGAUGUCAGCGCCAAGUACAGAGGGGCUUUCUGUGAGGCCAAGAUUAAGACUGCCAGGAAACUGGUCAAGGCCAAGGUGACCUUUAAACCAGACCUGACCACAGUGGAGGUCCAUGAUGACAGCAUCAAAGGCCCUCUGAAGGUUGGUGCUGUAGUGGAGGUGAAGAACCCGGAUGGAGUGUACCAGGAAGCCUCCAUCAACAAGCUGACUGACUGCAGUAUAUACACCGUUGUGUUUGAUGAUGGUGAUGAGAAGACCCUGAGGCGUUCCUCUCUCUGCCUGAAAGGAGCUCGCCACUUUGCAGAGAGCGAGACACUUGAUCGUCUCCCUCUCACCAACCCUGAGCACUUCGGUACGCCUGUCAUCGGCAAGAAGGGGAACCGUGGGCGCAGGUCUAACCCAGUUCAGGAGGAAGAGUCCUCUUCAUCGUCCAGUGAAGAGGAGGACAGUGACGGGAGACAGAAUGAAGAGCUGUAUGGGAAGGUGGUGUGUGUUGAGGGGGGUCCUGCCUCUACUGGAGACCGGAAGACCAAGACAGCUGCAUGGUACCCUGCCUUGGUCAUCACCCCAGACUGCCAUGAAGAGGCCACCCUGAAGAAAGACACCAUCUUCGUCCGUUCCUUCAAGGACGGCAAAUUUAACACGGUGCUGAGGAAGGACGUGACGGUGAUGAACACAGACUCUCCUCCUAAAGCUGACGCAGGGCUCAAGCCAGCGCUGGAUGCGGCCGUGGAGUUUGUGCAUCAGGCGGUGGUGCCCGGCUCUUGGAGGACAGAGGUGAAAGAUGAGAGUUCCACCAGUGAGGAAGAUGAGGAGGAGGAGGAAGAGCAUGAGGAAGAGGCCAGCGAAGAGGAGGAAGAGGAGGAAGUGGAGCCGUUCCCUGAGGAGAGAGACAACUUCCUGCAGCAGCUGUACAAGUUCAUGGAGGACAGAGGAACCCCCAUCAACAAGAAACCGGUACUGGGCUACAGGAACCUGGACCUCUUCAAGCUCUACAGACUGGUGCACAAACUGGGAGGCUUCCAUGAUAUUGAGAGUGGUUCCGUAUGGAAGACUGUCUACCAAGCUCUGGGAAUCCCUGUUCUCAACUCUGCCGCCGGCUACAAUGUCAAAUGUGCUUACCGCAAGUACCUCUAUGGGUUUGAGGAGUUCUGCACCUCCUGCUCCAUCACUUUCCACAUGGACCUCCCCCUGAAGCAGCCCAAGGCAGAGGGGGAGACAGGGGGGGCAGGGGGGGCCACUACAGUCCCCCCUUUAGCCUCUUCCAGCUCAACAGAGGAGCAGAAACCGAAAGCCUGCAACUCUGAGAGAGAGAACCUGUGCUGCUCAGAGACCGGCAGCGCUCAGCCCAUCGUCUGCAAGGAGGAGGAGACUGAGUUAACCAGGAACAAACCAGAGAUAGAACCUCCGACGGCUGAGCAGCAGAAGGCUGAGAGAGAUGGUGAUGGUGUUGAUGAAGAGGAAGGAGACGACCAUCACAAGCACGGCUCUGAUGAAGAAGAGGGCCCUUCAUUUGCUGGCCUCAGAGCGGAGGGAGUGAAGCUGGAGUCUUACGAUGAGGAGCAGGAGGAAGGGGAGGAGGAGGACAUAUCUGGCUCUGGGUAGGUGGUUCUCU